AUGGAAAUGCUCAAUCUUCCUUUCAUGGUUUUGGCUGCCUUUGCGGUGAUAGGAAUUCUUCUCUCCAGUGAAGUCGAUGUGGUUCUGGGGCAGGCUUGCCAAGGUGACAUUCAAGGUCUGAUGACGCAAUGUGCAGCUUAUGUUCGGAAGGGUACUCUAUUGCCGCCAACGCCGUCUCAAGGAUGCUGCACGGCAAUCAGAACGUUAGACAUUCCAUGCGCGUGCCAGCACAUGACGAAGAUGGUCGAGCAGCUGGUUGACAUGGACAAGGUGGUUAAGGUCGUUAGAUCCUGUGGUAUCGAUAUUCCUCGUGGAAUGAAGUGUGGAAGUUAUACAGUUCCACCGUCAAGUGGUUGA